AUGGGUAGCCGCUCUAAGAUCCUCAAUUUGCCUGACGAUAUUGUCAACUCCAUCCUCUUAGAGCUACCAGUCAAAUCUCUUUUACGGUUCAAAAGUAGUUGCAAAUCAUGGUAUUGUUCCAUUGAUGACCCCGAGUUUAUGAAGUCGCAUCUACAUAAAUCAUCUACCGAUAUUCAUCGUCAAAAGUUUCUCCUUUUUAACGUUGUUGAAGGAAAAAUACCCCAUGAUUAUUCGAUGAAAGUCCUAUCAACGGAAGCAUCAAUUAGUGCUGAUUCCAAAGUUGUAACGUUGGACCAGCCCAAUAUUCCAGGAUUCAGUACUAGUCAAUAUUAUUUUCUACAAGUGCAUUCGUGUGAUGGCUUGGUCUUUAUUUACCAUCCUGGCAAUAUGAUGUUAUGGAAUCCUGCUAUUCGGAAAUACAAACUGAUCCCCGUUCCUGCUACGUUGCAAAGGUUUUGGUGGAAUAUUGCCCGAAUUGGUUUCGUCUAUGAUUUUGUGGCCGAGGAUUAUAAGGUAUUAUGUGUAUACGAGGUGAGCUAUACAGCACAUCUGCGUCACGUUGUUGAAAUAUAUUCUGUUAAAAAUCAAUCUUGGAGAACCAUUAGCAAUUUCCCCAUUCCCCCUGAUUUUGGCUUGAUCUACCACUAUCCAAUUUCGUUAAAUAGUGUUGUUCACACAAUGGCCACUUCAGAUGAUGGAGGCACAAUUUGGGAACGUGAACGCUUGGUUAUAUCUUUUUACCCGGCAAAUGAAACAUCUAUUGUGACGCCAGUACCAAGUAACAUUAGGAAUAUUUUGUCGAAAUUUUGUGCUUUUGCUAAUCGUGUCUGCAUUUUUGGGAUUGACCUUUGUCUAGAAAUGUGGAUGUGGUCACAGGAGAAAGAUUGGAAAACAGGCUUGUUGACUUGGAACCACAUCACGAAUAUUACUUUAGGCUCAGUGACUCCGUACUACUUUGGGUACGCAGGUCACCUCGUAUGCGUUAAGGAGAACGGAAACAUAGUAUGGAGAAAUGAUGAUGGUGCAUUUAUAGAGUACGAUGUGCGGAAAAAUAAAUUCACUGAAGAAUUUAAACCAAAAGAAAUUCCACUAUAUAUAGGGUCAUCACAUUUGUAUGUGGAAAGUUUAGUUUCCAUUAAGAUCCUGUGGGAUUAA